AUGGAAGCGACUCCAUCUGCGAAGGCCAAAUCGCGGAGGAGGGACAACGACGAGGCGCGAGCAGAAAGGAAAAGGAUUCAAGACCGGCUAGCUCAACGGGCCACGCGGGAGAGGACGAAGAAUCGGAUUGCAUAUCUUGAGCAGCGUCUUAGGAAUCUUGAGGCUGGCGACAAGGCUGGCGAGAUCGCAGGCCUCACCAAGAUUAUCGACUCUGUCCGCCAGGACAAUAAUCGCCUUCGAAAUGCCAUGGUUAAGAUCCGCACAGCGAUCGACCAAGCUGUACUCACCACUGAAGACCAAGAGCCUCCCGCUUCCGAAUCUCAAGUCGACUUGAACUUUUCGCAACACCCUUUCGACCAGUCGACGAUAUCCGUGGAGUUCGAUGAAAACACCGGCGAUGACCAGCGUGACGUGCAACGCCAACACUCUGUCUCGACCGGAUCAGAUGUGACCGAGGUGGUGAACGGGCAUUAUCUCAACAUCAAAACUCAAGAUGCAGCCCCCGAGUCAAUCACAGGAACAAUGCCGCGGCCGGGCGAGGCAGAACAUUCCAUGUCGGGGUUAGAAGAUUUCUUUGAAUUCAGCCCGGCUUCGCUUCUCGAAGCAUUCGAACUGGGUCCGACAGGCUGGGGCACAGCUGUACCGUCACUCUUCGAUUGCCACUUCCCUCGAGCUGAUCCUCUUGCUACGAUUGCGCCGGACGUGGACAAGUGGCACGUGUCGAAUGGAGCGUUUAUAGGAUGUCUGGAUUGGGUCAAGAAAAAGCCCACGUCCAAUGCCACACUGGAUCUCCAUGUGCCGUUCAAAGCCGUGAUCUGGGGAUGGGACAAUGUCGGGGCUGAAGCUCAGCAUCCUGUCUGGCAAGCUUUGAAGCAAGUCGAUCAACAGGUCUUUGGGACGUGGACAUCAAACGCACAAAGGAUUGCGUUGAUGUAUGUGUGUCAGACGCUGAUUCAAUAUCGAGAAAAUCCCAGCAAGGAGAACUUGGAACGGGUUCCUGUGUUUUUAAGACCUAGACCUUCACAAGAAAACGUCCAGCAUCCUGCUGUGAUUGACUUUCUGAUCUGGCCUGGUCUGCGUGAUCGGCUGGUGUUUGAGCACAAGAAGUACACCUCGACGGGAAUCUUCAGUGCUGCGUUCGUCGAGAACUUCAACUUCUACUGGCCCUUCUCUGAUCGAGACAUCUUUGCCUUCAAUCCGCAGAACAAUCGCUACGAAGUGUCCAGGGUGUUCCUCGAGUACGCGUACAACUUCAAGAACUGGACGAUGAAGCCGGGAUUUUUUAAGAAAUUCCCAGAGAUGCAGCAUGAUAUCGCGGCGUUUGAGGAGCCGAUACCCUUCACUUGA